UCUGCUUUCCUUUCUAGUUUCUCCAAGAGAGAAUUUACAGGAAGAAAAAAAAGCAUAAAAAGUUUUGGAGAAAUCCUGACAGGUAUGGCUAUGGCGGCAGCGAUUAUAUAUAUACAAGACGUUCUUUCCGAUGACUUCGACUAUGAAAUCUGGUCUCCGGUCACGAAAACAACACUAAAGGAGAAAGAACUUUGGGAUGUUGUCGAGAACGGAGUUCCACCGGAUCCAUCGAAGGUUCCGGAGUUAGCAGCGAAGAUCCAACCCGAAGAACUUUCGAAAUGGAGAGAUCUCGCGGUGAAAGACAUGAAAGCGCUGCAGGUUCUGCAAUCUUCUCUCACUGAAUCUGUUUUCAGAAAGACUCUCUCUGCUUCUUCGGCCAAGGAAGUUUGGGAUUUGCUCAAAGGUAAUAAUGAACAAGCUAAGCUACGUAGGCUAGAGACGCAAUUCCAAGAACUAACUAUGGAUGAAUCAGAGCCGAUGAAGCUUUACGUAGAUAGAGUUUUUGAAAUCGUCGAACGGUUCCGUAUUUCAGGAAAACUGAAAUCGGAUCAUCUGAUAAUGAGGAAGCUGUUAACCUCGCUGCCAAGUUCAUAUGAUGUUGUUCUUCCGAUGCUGGAUGAACUCAUGGAUCUUCCUAAUAUGUCUCUUCCAAAUCUUCUUGUGGUUUUUGAAAUGUUAGUACCAGGGGAAACUAUGCAUCCAAGGUUGGAGGCUUUUCUCAAAGAUGUUAAAUCAAUGUCUAACAAGGGUUGUUGUGGCGUGUGUAACGAGAACAAUCACAACCAAGAAGACUGUUGUUACUCAUUCCCUGAGGUGGCAGAAGAUUCUAGUGGAGGUGGAGCCGGUCAGUCUAAACCGAAGAAAGGCAAAUGCUUUCAGUGUGGAGAAAGAGGGCAUUAUGCGAGUGAUUGCAACACAGAGCGAGGACGGCCAGCUUCCAAAACUCACAAGGGAGAACUUGAAUCUGAAUACGAAUACGAAUCAGAAUCCGAAUCAGAAGAACUAGAGCCUGAACCUGAUUAUCUUGUGUUAAAUGAUUCUACGGCAUUUGAUGAGACGAUGUGGAUGGUUUCCAGAGAUUCCACGAAUCAUAUGACUCCGUUUAAGAAGUUUUUCACCACUUUAGACAGAAGUCAAAGGGCUCUGCUUAUGGAUGGAUCAAAUAUCAUGGCAGAAGGUAAAGGAGAUGUCAAGAUCAGGACCAAGGAAGGGAAGAAGAAGCUGAUAAGGAAUGUGCUUUUCGUUCCGGGGAUCAACAUAAACGUGUUUAGCGUUGAUCAAAUGGCAUCAAGAGGCUAUUCAAGGAUAAUUAUAAAAGACAAGUGCAUUUUUCAGAAAAUGAAGACUGGAGAAAUAUUUGGGGAAACCGUGUGGGAAGAGAACAGAGGAUAUGUCCUGCGUUUGCAGGUGAUUGAAGUUAACAAUGAAAGGGAUUUAAGUAACCUUUUUGGUGCUGAAGUUUCUUUCCUCGUUCCUGCCACUGAGCCACCAAGAAUCCUCUUUGCAUCCAUGAUUAUCUCUUACCAAAGCUAUUUUUGUUUUUCUGAAACCUUAAAUCUUUUAUUUUUGUAGUUUCAAAUUCUUUGAUUGCUUCUUGUUGUUGAUGAUAUGAAGAUGCUGUUAAAGGUCGGCAUAUAUUAGAUAGAUCUAUGUAGUUUUUCGUGGGAGAUGCAAGAAUAGA